AUCCAUUCGUUGAACGUCAUACCCAGGGAGUUCUCGCGAGACGUGGAAAGGACUUAUGGCCCAGAAAUCUUUGCGUUUCCUCUUUCCCCACGGCGCUUGGAAAUGGGUAUUUCCCGGAACAAUUGGCACAAGCGUCGCAAGACUGGAGGCAAAAGGAAGCCAUAUCAUAAAAAAAGAAAAUAUGAACUUGGUCGUCCUCCUGCAAAUACCAAGAUUGGUCCACGCCGUAUUCACACAGUGAGAGUCCGUGGCGGUAAUAAAAAGUACCGGGCACUGAGGUUGGAUGCUGGAAACUUCUCCUGGGGUUCUGAAUGUUGCACACGGAAAACGAGGAUCAUUGACGUGGUGUACAAUGCCUCAAACAACGAACUGGUUAGGACAAAAACAUUAGUUAAAAACUGUAUUGUUCUAAUCGACAGUACUCCCUUCAGACAGUGGUAUGAAUCACACUUUGCGCUUCCACUCGGCCGGAAGAAAGGUGCCAAGCUGGUAUGUGCCAUGUUAACGAUAGUUCUCUAAUUAUCAAUCGCUUGACAGGAGUUCAUUGAGUUAUGUGGGCUGGUUCACUUAAAAAUAAAAACAUCCAUUAUAAGUUAUAAAGCA